UGAAGCGUCACUACUGCUUGCCUCCUGCAAUGUCAUGUCUUUCACCUUCAAUUGGCCUCGGUUCUCGGACCAAUUUCACUACGAUGCCAUCCAGAUGCUCAACAAUGCUCUCAACAAAGGCGACAAGCCCCCCAUCAUAGCCGAUAAAAUAGAGGUCGUCGAGUUGGAAAUGGGCACCGAGCCACCAGAACUUGAGAUACGAGAGAUCGGAGAGCUUACGAUGGAUCAAUUUCGUGGUAUUUUUCGAAUGUCUUACGCUGGGGAUGCACAUCUGGUACUCAAGACCAAAGUGCAGGCAAAUCCUCUGAAUCAUAAGCAACCCGAUAUCCAUCUCAUGGCCGGAACCAAAGGCAUGCUUGCUGCUAAGCAGCCGCUCGUUGUCCCAAUGCUUCUCCGCCUUUCCCAAUUCAAACUACGAUCGAUAGUCGUUCUUGUCGUAUCCAAGCAGAAGGGUAUUACUUUGGUAUUUAAAACCGACCCCCUUCAAAGCGUGGACAUCAACAGCACGUUCGACUCUAUAGCUGUCAUCCAGAAAUUCAUUCAAAGGGAGAUCGAAGGACAGCUUCGUCAAAUGUUUCGUGAAGAUCUCCCUGGUAUCAUUCACCGCCUAAGCCAGCAGUGGAUAAAGGCCAAAGUGGAAGCACCUUAUCUCGCCAAGAGACCUAUACCCCGCCCUGUCCAACAGCCUCCAUCUGAGCCUCAGCUGGCUCCUCUUUCAUUCAAGAAUGUUGCUGAAGUGACGAGUGCUGAACAGAGGUUUCUUGAAUUCCAGCAUCAUGGUUCCCACUCUUCCAAUCACAACCGACGUCCUCCUUCAUCAUAUGUACCCUCUGUUGCCAGUGAAAGUCGUCGGGCUGCUACCACCCGAUCGACACAUUCUUCUCCUCCUGCACCUCGCGCUGAAGACACAUCCAGUAGCACCUUCCCUGAUCUCGAAAAUUUCGAUCCGACAUACGGUCUAAGGCCUGAAGGAGUCCCUACAAAAAGUGUAUUCAAUGGGUUUAGCAGUCUCUUCACACCUAAUCGUGGACUUGCGGACUUAGCAGAAGAAGAAAGCGAGGCUGGUGAUUAUGAUGAUGAAUCUACAUCGUACGACCUCGUUGACUGGGAUGAUGACAUCGAGCACACAACACCGCCGAGCAGUGACGUGAAUGAAGGGAAGGAGAAUGUGGUGACUGAAUACGAGACCAUUCCUGCCGUAGGUGGUGGAAUGAUCACUCGUCCCCGGAUAUAUCAUUCUCAGUCUAUGCUGCAAAGUCCAGGCGACGGGUCUUCGACAGCACCUCUGCGGAGAGACAGCAGAAUAUCGCUACCUUCUACGGCAGGUUCUUCGCGUCCAGGUUUUGCAUCACCAGGCUUCCCUCCUCCGAGCUUCGCGUCAGGCGUUCGACGUGCAAACUCCUUAACAGGUCCUUACUUCAGUGAUUAUCAACUAGGCAAUCGUUCCUUCACAGGCCUAGGUCUCAGCUCCCUUAGAUCGUCACCAACGCCGACAACCGCGUCUCCCCGCAUCCCGCAUCAACGGCCGAUAACUCCCGAAAGCCCUGACACUCCAUCUUCUUCACAGGCCAUACCGACACCACCAGCUCCUCCCUCAGAACGAUACCGACGUUUCUCUGUCUCAUCGUCGCCUACGAUGGACAGCGCCUUUCUUCCUAGCGGUUCUCACCAAACAUAUACGAUAUUAUCUGAUUUAGAGUCAUCUCCAAAAAUAAUUAUUCGACCCUCUCUACUGAACAACACCAUCAGUCAUUUCUCCACACUGAGCCAUUCCAACCGCACGUUAUCCCCCUACACCCGCUCCUUGCAGCACUUCACUGUUCGCAGCGGCCCACCUCGAUACGGAGAAGGCGCGUCCCUGGCAGAAAGACAGCCUGUUAAAGCCAAGAGAAAACGGACUUAUCACAUAGGUAGCGCGGUCAAACCCCCUCCUCCAGAACCAGAACCAGAACCAGAGCCUCCCGCACCGGCCCUGACCAUCCCCCCUCCCGAUCAAGAUUCGUCCCGGCCACCAUCAGAAUUCGACCUUGCAGACAUGGACCGUUACUUCCGCUCUUAUGAUGAUCUAAAUCAGAAUCAGAUAAUUCCCAACGGAUCGCCAAAUAUGCAUCCAAAUCACGUUCGCCUGCGACGAUCCUAUUUGCACCCUGAAUAAAAUAACAUCUCUCUUUUUAUUGUUCUUUGUCUCUUACCACCAACCCUCCUCACUUCCACGGUACCGUUGUAUGUAUCACUAAUGUUAUUGUGUAUGGAGACGUGGUUGAAAGGGCUCCGAGAGUUGU